UGAUAGGCUGCUUAAAGAAAGAAGCUUCGCCUUGUGUUCAGAUGAGCCCGUGGUUCUGCUGGAGAGUUCACUUACCGUCUGCUAGAUCCAGCCAAAACGGACCACGAACCCUUUUCCUUUUUUAAAAUUGUAUUUAUUUCAUCCCAUCAUCGGAUAAGCCUUUUAAAAACAAGAUGUAACUCACCACCGAACAUUUACAUCCUCACGUGAAUAACCCUAACGUUACGUAUUUUAAAGAGCCGGGAUGAACAUCACUGAUGGAAGUUAUUGUGGCGAAUGGUUUUAACUAUGGUAUGCCGAUGCGAUUGUUUAUUUUGCCCUUUACCAUUGGCGAUGGAUCCCUAAUUUUGGGAUUAUCGGUAAUUCCGCGAUUCUACUAGGAAUCUUCACCGACCGAAGAGGGAAUUCUGCACGGCCAAGCAAACUACAGGGGAUUUAAAUCGCAUUGCUCCGGGAAAAAGAAAAGAAGCAGGAAGAAAAUUCAUGUGGCGAUUCUCUCCUUAACAGUAAAUCAUUUUGGAUUGCAGAAUGAGCAAGGAAAGACCUAAGAGGAAUAUCAUUCAGAAGAAAUACGAUGAUAAUGAUGGGAUGCCGUGGUCGGAGGAGCGAGUGGUGCGGAAGGUGCUCUAUCUCUCACUGAAGGAGUUCAAGAGCUCGCAAAAGCGCCAGCUCUGUGACGGCCUCAGCAAUGGGAGAAAGGGACCUAAUGCUUCCUUGUCAAAUGGGCAGCUGAAUGGAUGUGGGUCUAAGGGAGGACAUAAAGAGGACGGGUCUCUCUCUCGCACAGAUGGAGGCAGCGAGGGCGGCCCGGCCAAAAAGAGGCCCAGACUGCAUGCACAGAGGAAGUUUGCACAGUCUCAACCCAACUCCCCCAGCACCACUCCAGUGAAGAUGGCCGACCCCUCUCUGCCCACGCCGCUCACACAUAUCACGUUCCUCUCCAAACGCAAACCCAAGACAGAAGACUUCCUCACCUUCAUAUGCCUUCGAGGCUCACCGGCAUUACCCAGUAACGUGGCCUACUUCGGCACCUCUCAGGAUGAGGAGGAACUGGAUGAUGAAGAUGAAAUUGAGGAGGAGAAAGCACCCAGUGUGGCAUCCACGUCAUGUCAGUCUACACCGAAGAAGGGCAAACUUCCUGGCAAGAUCAACGGAUUCGUGCUAAAUGGCCAUAAGGUACAUAAGGACAAAGAGCUCACUCCCAGAACAAGAAGCAGAGAGUUGGCUUUGGGAAGAGAUUGCAGCGAGAGGUGUGAUGCGUCCGGUGACAUCUCACACAAGCACACGGCGGCCACCGCCAAGAGCCACAACACCAACGGCCACAACUACAGAAGAGCCUCAGAGGAACUCCGCAAGCAGGUCUCAAAAGUAAACGGAGUCACACGGGCAUCAUCAGCCGGCACGCACACAGCCGGUGCCAAAAAGCAGAAAGACUUCCGUCUGCCGUCCAAAACUGUGAAGUACACAGCCACCGUGACCAAGGGCCACGUCACCUACACCAAAGCAAAACGAGAACUGGUAAAGAAAGCCAAACUCAACCACAGCAAACACGCUGUUUCGGCUGGCCUCCGUGCUUACAGCAACAACCACCAACAUCAUUCUCAUCUUUCAACCAGCAACGGCCAUGGCCGGCCUCAGCUCUCUCACUCAGGAAAAGCCAAAAGUAUCAAUGCAAAAACCCGCAAACAGGUGCUAUUAUCGAACGGGGUGCAUAACGGUGGCCGGCUUAACGGCAGGCUUAAUGGACGCCACAGUGCCAGGGAAGAGGAGGAAGAUGGCCGACAACUGCGGCAGGGACUGCGGAACUCGAAACGCAGGAGUGACGCCAUUACGGUCCUUGGAGCUGGAACUGAGAGCGACGAGGCUAAAACUAAGCUGCCUGUGAAUGAGGUUAAGAAAGCUAAGCUGCAGACUAGCCCACUGGAAACUCGCAGCAAGAAGGCCCUGAAUCAGUUCAAGCUCCCCAACACUGUCACUAUUGCACAUAGUAUCACUGAAAUGGCUGCCUCCCCUACUCAGAAAACGGGUUCUGCCCCUCCUCAAUCUCCCCCUGCUGCUCCUGCUUCCCCAGGCAUGCCCCAGAACCCUGCGACCCCUGAGCCGGCACGCCAGCGGCCCAAGCGUGCCUCUGCUGGCAAACUGAUGUUCAUCAGACAAGCACAGCAGAGGGCCCAAACUAACCCCGCCCUCAAUCGGACCACAUCCACUACCUCAGCCAGCAAGUCCUUCAAACCAGCAGAGCCCACGCACGCACCUCCGACACGGCCGGACAGGGAGCGCGAAAGGAACAAGGCAGGGUGGGCGACCCUGGGGGAGGAGGUGCCCAUUUUUAAGCCCAGCUCCAGAGAGUUCCAGGACCCUUUGAUUUAUCUCGACUCGGUACGGGAACGGGCCGAGUCGUGUGGACUGUGCAGAGUGCUGCCGCCUCCUGACUGGAGGCCGGAGUGCAAACUCAACGACGAGAUGCGUUUUGUGACGCAGGUUCAGCGCAUCCACAAGCUGGGUCGGCGCUGGGGCCCCAAUGUUCAGAAACUGGCCUGCAUUAAGAAGCACCUCAAAUCUCAGGGCAUCUCAAUGGACGAGCCGCCUCUUAUAGGCGGCUGUGAAGUAGACCUGGCUCGUUUUUCUGAGCUUGUUUGCGACAUGGGUGGAAUGCAGCAGGUUAUGGACCUGAAAAAAUGGAGCCGGUUGGCAGACCUGCUUCGCAUUCCCAAAUCAGCACAGGAUCGUCUGGCCAAGCUCCAGGAGGCUUACCUCCAGUACCUGCUCUCUUACGACCUGCUCUCUCCCGAUGAGCACCGUCAACUGGAGCAAGAGGUUCUGGGAGAAAAGGAGCUUCUAGAACGCAAGCGGGGACCCCUGGAGGGCCACUCGGAUAGCGGCCAGCGGUCUCUGGUUCUUCCCCGUUUCGAACCCAAGAAUGGACUCACCGGCCUUAACCACCGCAACGGUUUCCACAAUCACAACAAAGAGCCAGACGCCCAGCGGCAGGCCGGCCGACGCAGACUGUUUGCUCAGGAAAAGAAAGGGGGAAAAGUGGACAGUGAGGAGGCAAAAGUGGAAGAAGAGGAAGGUGUUCUCAGUGACCAGCACAAAUGUAUAUACAAGGGGAGAUCGGUAUCUUUGACCACCUUUUACAGAAUAGCAAGAAAUACUAUGAUGAUGUGCUUCAACAAAGAGCCUGGGGCUGCUGAAGUUGAGCAAGAUUACUGGCGGAUAGUGGAGCAGAGGGACUGCCAUGUAGCAGUGCAUUAUGGGAAAGUGGACACAAACACACAUGGAAGCGGCUUCCCUGUGGGCAAGUCUGAACCCUUCUCCAAGCAUGGAUGGAACCUCACUGUCCUUCCCAAUAACUCUGGAUCCAUUCUGCGCCAUCUUGGUGCUGUGCCUGGGGUGACUAUUCCCUGGCUGAACAUCGGCAUGGUCUUUUCUACCUCAUGCUGGUCGCAAGACCAAAACCGCCUUCCAUACAUUGAUUACUUACACACUGGUGCUGAUUGCAUUUGGUAUUCUAUUCCUGCUGAGGAAAAGACAAAGCUUGAUAAAGUGGUGCAUACACUGCUACAGGCCAACGGCACGCCGGGACUGGAAAUGCUGGAGAAGAAUGUUAUGAUUUCUCCGGAGGUGCUUUGUCGCGAGGGGAUAAAGGUCCACCGUACGGUCCAGCAGAGCGGGCAGUUCGUGGUGAUCUUCCCCGGUGCGUUCGUGUCCAGGGUGUGCUGUGGCUACAGUGUGUCUGAAACUGUGCACUUUGCCACACCACAGUGGAUGAACCUGGGCUAUGAGGCUGCUAAGGACCUGAAAUGCAGGCACAUAGCAAAACCCUUCUCCAUGGAGAAGCUCCUCUACCAGAUCGCCACAGCCGAGGCCAAACGAGAAAACAGACUUGUGCUUGGUACAAUCUCUUCUCUUUUAAAAGAUCUCAGGAACAUAGAGAUGAAGCAAAGGCAGGAGCUGUAUGAAGCAGGGCUGCUUUCCUCCGCACGCUACUGCACUCACGACAACAACCAAUCGCCCGCUGACACCAGGAAGAAACCACGCAAGUGGCUGGCGCUGGAGUCGUCCGAGAGACGCUGCCAAACGUGCCAGCACCUCUGCUACUUAUCUAUGGUGGUGCAGGAGAAUGAAAAUGUUGUUUUCUGUCUGGAGUGUGCGCUACGCUAUGUGGAGAGAAACAAAAGCUGCCGCGGCCUCAAGAUGAUGUACCGCUACGAUGAGGAGCAGAUCAACAGUUUGGUGAAUCAGGUGUGCGGUAAAGCCGUGGUGAGAAGCGUGGCAGACGGCUGUAACGGCUCCAGCCCCACCAAACUUCCAGGCAAGCGCGGCCCCCGCAAGAGAGCCACAGUGGAGCUGUCCCUGACCCACCUGUCCAAAAGUGCCGCCGCUGCCGUCUCGUGAGAAACGCCACCCGGUUGCCUACGUCAAACAAUCCAUUUUCCCUCUCCCGUUUGAUUUCUGUCUCUCAUCACCCUCAUAGCAGGGCAGAGUUUCCUGUGUUGAAAGCAGGCUGCCUUUUUUUGCACUAGCGCACUAGUUUUUAUUCACCAGAUGUUUGAUAGCAUUAAGAGACAUGGUCCCAGGUGUGCAUUUCACUGACAGGUGUGAGUAUGAUGUCAUCUUUCCUGCCUGGACCCUCUUCCCCCUCGCCUCCGGCCCCAUUGACUGCACACAUGCUCCUCCUGAACUGUGAACCUUGGGACAAAAUGGGUGCUUCUCUCCUCAAUUGUCCUGGCCCCUUUCCUUUGAAUGUUGGUGCUUGAUGGAGCUGCCCAAGAAUGUUUUGUUCGCUUUUAUGACAUUUGAUUUCAAUUCAUUUACUCCCCAUGCAGCUCCUCUGCGGAAGACGCAGCUCUAAAGAUGGUAAACACUUGAAAUUUGUCUUGUUUUAAUGUGUUUUUUUUAAGAGGAAGUACUGUUGUAUUUUUAUUUUAUCUGCUUUUCAUUUCACACUUUCCUCUGUGGAUUCGGGGAACGGUGGUUUCCAUGGCAGCGGGUCGGGCUGUACUUGAGGAAGUGGGUGUUUGGGAAUGAACGAGUGGGUCCGGUCCCGGUAGUGAGAGGGGUUCCUCCCACGCUGACGCUUACGAGCGAUAACUGUGCCUGAUGUUUAGCGGGGAGAUCUUUCUUUAUUUUUGGUGCUUUUUUUUUUUUUCGUUUCCUUUUAUUGUAUAUCAAUACAAAAAGGUAAUAAGAAAGAAGUGCUGUCCGCUAGCCUUCUUAUCCCACAGGACGGAAGAGCCCAGCGGCUUUUUCCGCUUCUAGAUGUGCAAUCGUGUCAACAUUCCAUUCUUCCAGACUUUCAUCUGUACCAGUUAACAUUAAUUAUUAUAUUAUAUUAUUGUAAUUAUUAUAUUUUGUGUUUUUGCCUUUUUAUUUGAUCUUUUGUUCUUAUGUGCUAUCUCAAAUUAGAGCCACUAUUCAGAGGGUGUAAAAUGUGAAAUGCAAGUCCAAGUUUUUUUAGUUUUUUGUUGUUGUUAUUAUUGUUGUCUCUUCAUUUUUUUGCGGAAGUAUCAUUGAUUUAAAGAAACUUAAGAAAAUCACCUUUUGUACAUAAUCCUGUAAAUGUCUUUAAUACUUGAGCCUUUGUUGGAGUGACGGAAGGAAAGGAUAGAUAGAUGGAUGAUGUCAGAUGAAGAAAAGCCUUACAUUUCAGUUUCUUCAGCUGUGGGAGUUUGAUGCAUACAGGGUUGCUCUGGUAAUGUGUAUACAUUUUAAGUGCUGCUUACAUCACUGAGGACUAAGAUAAGGAGUCGCGAUUUCCCCCUAGUUUUCUUUUUUAGGUUUACUUUUUUAAAGAAAAGGGAAAAUACUUUCACAAAAAAAAAAGAAAAAGAAAAAAGGUUUUUACAUUUUCAUUACUGAAAAUUCAACAUUGUAGUAGCUACUCAUGUUGCACUGAGCUUGCCAGUGGUGACUGUCAAGAAAAGAAAAAGAAAAAAACUAUAAUUCAGUUUGUUGGUUGUUGUCCUUAACAGAAGACUGAACUGUUUUAGGAGUAUUUAAUGAAAACCAAGUCUGGUGUUUUCAACAAAAAAAUGGCGGUUGUCAAGUUUUUAUGGCCUUACAAUGUAUUUUACUCAGAAUUUUUUGCUGUUUUUGGUUCCUUUUUCUACAAUAUGAGAGGUUUGCUCACGGUCCGACGAGUUAAUUUAUUAGCACUGCGUCUCAGCUAUUCCUCUCACGAGGAAAGAUUUCAUGUUGGUUAUAUUGCCAGUUUUAUUUUGUUUUUAUUUUGUUUUUUACUUUUUCAAUUUGUACUUAAGGUUUAAUAAAAACUCAUGGACAAUUCA